GGUGGGGGGCCGGGGUGGGGUGGGGCAGGAUGCUGGAUGGUCAGCUCUUCUCCGAGGGGCCCGACAGCCCCCGGGAGCUGCAGGAUGAGGAGUCUGGCAGCUGCCUCUGGGUGCAGAAAUCCAAGCUGCUGGUGAUCGAAGUGAAGACUAUUUCCUGUCAUUAUAGUCGCCGCGGCGCUCCUCGACAGCCCAUGGACUUCCCGGCCAGGCACUGGGCCCGGGGGCCCCUGCGCAGCACGUGUGGGCCGCGCCUGGGAUCCCCUGAGCCGCCGCCUCGCCGGCCCUGGGCCUCCAGGGUGCUGCAGGAGGCGACCAACUGGCGGGCGGGGCCCCCGGCCGAGGCUCGAGCGCGGGAGCAGGAGAAAAGGAAAGCGGCAUCGCAGGAGCGGGAGGCCAAGGAGACUGAGAGAAAGCGGCGCAAGGCUGGUGGGGCCCGAAGGAGCCCCCCCAGUCGGCCCCGCCCGGAACCCCAGGGCGCGCCUCGGGGGCCCCAGCCCGCAGGGCUCCCCGCUCCCUCCCGGCGGGAGCGCCUGGGACCCAUGGGACGCCCGCCCCGUCCAGCCACGCAGCUGCCGAGCGACCCGGGGACGGCGUGGGCGGGGCCCUGGGGAGGUCGGCGGCCAGGACCCCCCAGCUACGAGGCCCACUUGCUGCUGAGGGGCGCGGCCGCGACGGCCCCGCGACACCGCUGGGACCGGCCGCCCCCCUACGUGGCUCCUCCUUCUUACGAAGGCCCGCACCGGACCUUAGGGACCAAACGCGGCCCCGAGCCGUCGCGAGCGCCCGUCUCGUCAGCCCCAGCUCCGACUCCGACUCGGGCCGGGACAGAGGGAGGGUGCACAAAGAAGAGGCUGGAUCCUCGGAUCUACCGCGACGUUCUCGGCGCCUGGGGUCUCCGACAGGGGCAGGGUCUCUUGGGGGGUGCCCCGGGCUACGGACCAGUCAAGACAAAGUUGGACUCGGGCAAGCGAGAUUCGGAGAAGAGUCCGGGGCUGGGCGCCACCGGCCUGAGCAGCGGCAGCGAUGGUCACCACCCGGCUCACCACCCGGCGCAGGCUGCGGCCAGUACUGCCGCGGAGACAGCGCCCGCGGGGUCUGCGACGGCGACUCCCAGCCGCCCGCGCCCUGCCCCCAGGGCCAGGCCCCAGCUCAGAGGCUCGGGGGAAGGCAAAGAAGGUGGAGAGCAGAGCUGGCCACCCAAAGGCUGGAUUCCCUCCACUAAGAAACCGCCGCCCCGACAGAGCCAGACCCUCCCCAGACCCUGGGCUCCAGGAGGUACGGGAUGGAGAGAGUCCCUGGGUCAUAAAGAGGGGGCCGGCCCCGAGACUCUGGAGGGUUGGAAGGCCACCCGCCGCGCCCACACCCUCCCCCGCCGUUCCCGGGGUCCCGCCGGCGGAGACGGCGUCUUUGUGAUCGACGCUACGUGCGUGGUGAUCCGGUCCCAGUACGUGCCCACCCCUCGAUCCCAGCAGGUGCGGCUCUUACCCGCCGCGGGGCCGCGCGUGGAGGGAGAUGCCCCCAGCGAUGAGGGUGGUCCCCCGACCCAGCCCACGCCCAAGCAGGAGGGGCGCGAGUGGGCCGAGCCCUUGCCUUCCCCUUGCCCAAAGCCGCUGCAGAGCAGCACCCUGGCACCGCGGCCGGGUGGGGAGCGUGAGUUCGACGCUGCGGGCGGGACGCCGGGGGACCCCUCGGAGGAGGAGCGCGUCUCGCGCAUCCCGGGGCUCCCGGCCGGCGAAGCAAGCCUGCGGGGAGCCCCCGCGCCGCCGGGCAGCCCGGGGCACUCGGCCCUAGGCCCGGCGGCUCUGGGGAAGGUGGGGAAGGCCGAGGGCGCGGGGGAGGGGGCGGCGGUCCCGCGCCGCGCCGGCCGUGGCUGGCCGCGGAGCCCGGGACCCUACGCCGGCGCCCUGCGGGAGGCCGUGUCCCGCAUCCGCCGCCACACCGCCCCGGACUCGGACUCGGACGAAGCGGCGGAGCUGAGCGCGCACAGCGGCUCGUCUGACGGGAGCGACACGGAGGCCGCGGGCGCCCCCUGGCGGCAGGAGCGGCCCCUGCCCGAGCCUGGGCACCGCCCGCCGCCCAGGGAAGGGGGCAAGGCUGAGGAGCUGGGCGACGACCUGCGGGGCGUCCUAGGUGCCAUCGGCCGAGCCGAGGACGGCCUCGGCGGGGCGAGGAACGCGAAGGGGACACCGCAGGGAAAGAGGGAGUGGCAGUGAAGGGCCCUAGGCUUAUGUUCCCCGGGACGCUUCGUCCAUGGAUCCACUGCUCCCCUCCUCUCAGAUCUCCUUGAACCCCUUACCCAGACCGGCCCCCUACUGAAACCAAGCCUCCCACGUGAAAGGAAAGUGGGUGGAUCCGACACGGGGACGUGUUCUCUGUAGGAGGGGUGAGAGGGGGCAGUAGACUUCAGUGCCUGCCCACACCCACAUGGGCCAGGCCUUGGGCGAGGGCCCGGGCACUAGAGGUGUGGGACCCAGCGCAGCCAGGAGCAGCGGGACCACAAGGAGGACACACUCACAGGUGGCACCCCCAGAGCAGGAGAAAGGGGUGGAGCGGCUUCACAGGGGCGGUUCCCAGGUGCCAGAAGAGGAAGUGGUCCAGACGCAAUUAGCUCAGUUAGAAGAGAGCUCACUUUGUAGCUGCCACAGGCCUCAGCUCAAAUCCCAGCUCUGUCACGUUUAUAGGCAAUCCCCUCGCCAGCAGCUCACAGGUGAAACCAGGUAGUUAUGGGCUCUGUCCUUGACCCUUCAGAGUGCUUGGGAGAGGCUUCCAGUUCAUCCUUCCUUCUACAAGGAAGAAAGAGAGUUAGGAACAACUGGACAGGCCAAGGGCUCGGAGAUGCUUCAUCCACUCGCACUCAUUCCCAAUUCAAGACUGUCCAGGUUUUGCAGAAGAACUGGCCUAAGUGUGCAAGGGCUCCUAGACCAGCCAGGUUUAGGUGAGGGCCGGCCAAGACAGGGUAGGACCGUGGCCUUGUCACUGUCCUGGGCCUGUGGUGGUCCAAGCUGGGGAGGGAAGGCUGCCAAUGAAUCAGCUUGGGACCCUUUAGGCCUCCCCCGCCCCCUCCCCCGUGUUCCUUAGUGAUGCUUUGAACCAUUACCACGAUUUCCCAUCCAGUGGUAUUAUCCCACUGAAGGAACCCUGGUGGGUUUGUUUGGGGUUUUUUUUCUAUUUUUUUGCAUCUCUUCCAGAAACUUGCUAGGGAGUGACGAAAGAGGCUGGUCCCCUAAAGCCUGCAGGCGUGGGUGUGAUACUCGCUGUAGCCACUACGGGGCGCGCGCAGGUCGCGGAUUUCCCGGGUAGCUAGUCCCGAGCGCCUCCUGCGCGCAGGCCCCCCGUCCUGCGGCCUCCAGACAAGGCGCGCGAGGCCGGGAGCGGGCCCCUGGCCUCCCGGGGCUGGGAGCGCGCCAAGCCCCUCUCUGUUGUACUCAUCUCAGACCACCCGCUCGGGGCCCAGGAACUUAAGUCUUUUUUCCUCUGCUAUCGUGGACACCUCCCUGUCUGCCAUUUACUAGCCAUGUGAACUGGGCCAAACCACUUCACCUCCCUGAGCCUCAGUUUCCUCAUCUGUCAAAUGGGGGUUUAUAAACACCUACCUCGCAGGGUUGUUGUGAGGAUUUAAUGCGAUAAUGUAUGUAAAGCGCCGCGCAUCGUGCCUCGCACCCGGCGGGCGCUCAAUAAACCUAAGCUUCCCUUG